AUGGGUCCUCCAAAAAAGUCCUCCAAAAAGGAUAAAAGUGGUUCCGGAUCGAGCAGUGCGAGUGGUUUCGUGGAGAACAAAUGGAACAAAAAGCGUCGGACCGAGGAUGAAGCGUACGCCGCGUUCGCCGAUGAUGACGACAGCAAUCUCGGUGAGAGUGACUUUGUGCCGGAUGCGGCCACAAAGAACGCGGAAAAGAAUGACGAAGCCAUCCAGGAGGAUGAGUACGGAGCGAAAGACUAUCGGUCGCAGAUGGAACUCAAGCCGGACAACGAAUCCCGACCGCUGUGGGUUGCACCGAAUGGGCACAUCUUCCUGGAGUCGUUCUCUCCGGUGUACAAGCAUGCUCAUGACUUUUUGAUUGCCAUCUCGGAACCGGUUUGUCGUCCCGAACACAUACACGAGUAUAAGCUGACACCGUACAGUUUGUAUGCUGCCGUCUCGGUCGGGCUGCAAACACACGAUAUCAUCGAGUACUUGAAGCGAUUGAGCAAAACUACCAUACCGGAAGGUAUCGUAGAGUUCAUUCGUCUUUGUACGCUUUCGUACGGCAAGGUGAAGCUCGUACUAAAACACAACAAAUAUUUCGUUGAAAGUCCACACCCGGAGGUGUUACAGAAGUUGCUCAAAGAUCCGGUGAUUCAGUCGUGUCGUUUGCGGCGUACCGAAGAAGAAGGAGGCGACGGUUUCAUCAAGCAAACGCUUGAGAAGGGAAAAGGAAUAACGGCCUUUGGUCAGACGAAGUUACCGGGACCAGCCGGGCAAACCGCGUUACCAACCGGGGCGGCAACAACAGAGACGGAUAAACUUGGCGAAGGAUUGGAAGUGAUCACCGAGGAGGCCACCGUACCGGAAGACAUCACGAACUUCUACGACAAGAUGGAUAACGAAGAGGAGGAAGAGGAAGCGAAUCUGAACACGGUUUCGUUCGAGGUGAACCAGGAAAAGAUUGAAACACUACAGAAACGUUGCAUCGAGAUAGAGUUUCCGCUGCUUGCAGAGUAUGAUUUCCGUAACGAUACGAUCAAUGCGGACAUAAAUAUCGAUCUUAAACCGGCCGCAGUAUUGCGCCCGUACCAGGAGAAAAGCCUUCGCAAGAUGUUUGGCAACGGACGUGCCCGGUCGGGCGUUAUUGUUCUCCCGUGCGGUGCGGGCAAAUCGUUGGUCGGUGUUACGGCUUGCUGCACGGUGCGCAAACGUGCCCUGGUGCUUUGUAACAGCGGCGUAUCGGUGGAACAGUGGAAGCAACAGUUCAAGAUGUGGUCCACCGCCGACGACAGCAUGAUAUGUCGAUUCACGUCGGAGGCAAAGGAUAAGCCGAUGGGUUGCGGUAUACUCGUGACGACGUACUCCAUGAUUACGCACACACAGAAGCGGUCGUGGGAGGCGGAACAGACGAUGCGUUGGCUGCAGGAACAGGAAUGGGGCAUCAUGGUGCUGGACGAGGUGCACACGAUACCGGCCAAAAUGUUCCGUCGCGUGCUGACGAUCGUGCAAUCGCACUGUAAGCUCGGUCUGACCGCAACGUUGCUGCGAGAGGACGACAAGAUAGCGGAUCUAAACUUCCUGAUCGGUCCAAAGCUGUACGAAGCGAACUGGCUGGAGCUGCAGAAGCGUGGGUACAUUGCGCGUGUCCAGUGCGCCGAGGUGUGGUGUCCAAUGGCGCCGGAAUUUUAUCGCGAGUAUUUGAUCGCCAAAACAUCGAAAAAGAUGCUACUGUACGUAAUGAACCCGGCCAAAUUUCGGGCCUGUCAGUAUCUCAUCCGCUACCAUGAAAAGCGUGGCGACAAAACGAUCGUGUUCAGCGACAAUGUGUUCGCGCUGAAGCAUUACGCGAUCAAGAUGAACAAACCGUACAUCUAUGGGCCAACGUCCCAGAACGAACGGAUACAGAUACUGCAGAACUUUAAGUUCAAUCCGAAAGUGAACACAAUUUUCGUGUCGAAGGUGGCCGAUACUAGCUUUGAUUUGCCGGAGGCGAACGUAUUGAUACAAAUUUCAUCCCAUGGCGGUUCCCGGCGACAGGAGGCGCAGCGUUUGGGGCGUAUCCUGCGAGCAAAAAAGGGGGCCAUUGCUGAGGAGUACAAUGCGUUCUUCUAUACGCUCGUAUCGCAAGACACGCUCGAAAUGGGCUACUCGCGAAAACGCCAGCGGUUUCUGGUGAACCAAGGUUACAGCUACAAGGUGAUAACGCAUCUGGCCGGCAUGGACAGCGACCCAGAUUUGUUCUACAAGACGCGCGAAGAACAGGGCCAGCUGUUGCAGCAGGUACUGUCGGCGACGGAUAUGGACUGUGAGGAUGAGCGUAUGCCCGGCGACGGUACGGGUGUACCGAGACCGGGUGGAUCGAAGCGAACCGGCGGGCUAAGCUCAAUGGCCGGUGCGGACGAUGCGAUCUACUAUGAGGCGCGUAAGAAAUCUGCCCACCAGCAUCCACUCUUCAAGAAGUUCCGCUGCUAG